AGGUCGCGUUUCUUAUUUUGAUUCGCCUUCGCUCCUCACCCCACGCGCUGUCAUUCAGAUUGUUUUUCAGAGAAGGACGCGAUUUGUGGUUUGUGUGCAAAUUUAAAGUGCAGAUAAACUCUCCGCGAUGGCCUCCAGUGGUGGGAUUCAGAUACCCAGCCGCCUGCCUUUACUGCUAACACAUGAAGGGGUUCUUCUGCCCGGCUCGACGAUGCGAAUCAGCGUCGACUCGGCGAGAAACAUGCAGCUGGUGAAGAGCAGGCUACUGAAGGGGACCUCGCUGAAGAGCACCAUUAUAGGAGUGAUUCCCAACACCAAAGACCCGGAGCAGGACAGCGACGAGCUCCCCUCUUUACACGGCAUUGGCACUGCAGGCCUGGCGGUUCAAGUAGUGGGAAGUAACUGGCCAAAGCCACACUACACACUGCUCAUCACAGGUUUGUGCCGCUUCCGUGUGACGCAGCUGCUGAGGGAGGGACCCUUCCCCGUGGCCGUGGUGGAGCAGCUGGACAAACUGGAGCAGUAUACAGAGGGUGAGCAGCUGGAUGGGGAGCUGGGAGAACUUUCUCAGAGGUUCUACCAGGCUGCAGUUCAGUUGGUGGGAAUGCUGGAUAUGUCAGUUCCUGUAGUAGCGAAGCUGAGGCGGCUGCUCGACAGUCUGCCCAGAGAAACCCUGCCGGAUGUGCUCGCCGCCAUGAUCCGCACCUCCAACACAGAGAAGCUCCAGGUGCUGAAUGCAGUAGAUUUGGAGGAACGAUUUAAGAAGACUCUACCUAUGCUCACCAGGCAGAUUGAGGGCCUCAAACUCCUGCAGAAGACACGCAAACCCAAACCUGACGAUGAAAAAAAGGUACUGGUUAUUCGCAAAGGUGGCAUGAUCCCUGGCCGCCAGUUCUCUCCCGAGGAUGAAGGUGAGGAUGAGGAUGCUGAUGACAUGGCUGUGUUGGAGAGAAAAGUGAAUGAGGCAGCAAUGCCAGAGGCUGCUCUGCGUGUGUGUCUAAAAGAACUUAAGCGCCUGAAGAAGAUGCCACAGUCUAUGCCAGAGUAUGCUCUCACCCGCAACUACCUGGAGCUCAUGGUGGAGCUUCCUUGGAGCAAGAGCACAAAGGACUGCCUGGACAUUCGGGCUGCUCGGGUGCUCCUGGACAGCGAUCACUACGCCAUGGAGAAGCUGAAGAGGCGGGUGCUGGAGUACCUGGCUGUGCGGCAGCUCAAGAGCUCCCUUAAAGGUCCUAUUCUGUGCUUCGUGGGGCCUCCGGGUGUGGGAAAAACCAGCGUGGGCCGCUCCAUCGCCCGCACCCUGGGCAGGGAGUUUCACCGUAUAGCCCUGGGAGGAGUGUGUGAUCAGUCAGACAUCCGUGGCCACAGGCGAACCUACGUAGGCAGUAUGCCUGGUCGUAUCAUAAAUGGUCUGAAGACUGUCGGCGUCAACAAUCCUGUAUUUUUAUUAGAUGAGGUGGACAAAUUGGGGAAGAGCCUCCAAGGGGACCCUGCUGCUGCCCUGCUGGAGGUCCUUGACCCAGAGCAAAACCACAGUUUCACUGACCACUACCUUAACGUGGCCUUUGACCUCUCACAAGUCCUCUUCAUCGCUACGGCAAACACCACCGCAACCAUCCCCCCUGCUCUGUUGGACAGAAUGGAAGUGCUGCAUGUGCCAGGAUACACACAGGAGGAGAAAGUGGAAAUCGCUCACCGGCACCUGAUCCCUCAUCAGCUCGAGCAGCAUGGUCUCACCCCUCAGCAGCUCCAGAUCCCACAAGACACCACGCAGGAAAUCAUCAACAAGUACACACGGGAAGCUGGUGUGCGCUCUUUGGAGAGGAAGAUCGGAGCCAUCUGUCGAGCGGUGGCUGUGAAGGUGGCAGAAGGUCAUAAGAUGUCAAGAUCUGCAUCGUCCAGUGAAUCUGGAGCAGGCCAGGACCAAGCAGGGACAGGACGGGAUUCUAACAUGGCAGCUCCCCCCGAGAUGCCCAUCGUCAUUGACCACGUUGCCCUCAAAGACAUUUUAGGGCCUCAGCUCUUUGAGAUGGAGGUGUCAGAGCGUCUGACUCUGCCAGGUGUAGCCAUAGGCCUGGCGUGGACUCCACUUGGUGGGGAGAUCAUGUUUGUGGAAGCCAGUCGUAUGGAGGGUGAAGGUCAGCUCACGCUAACUGGUCAGUUGGGUGAUGUGAUGAAGGAGUCAGCACAUCUGGCCAUCAGCUGGCUCCGCAGCAAUGCCAAGAUCUACCAAUUAACAAACAUUGCUGGCUGCGCUGACCCUCUUGAAGGAACCGACAUCCACUUGCACUUCCCAGCGGGCGCAGUCACCAAAGACGGCCCCUCUGCUGGAGUUACUAUUGUGACAUGUCUAGCCUCUCUGUUCAGCGGACGUCUAGUGCACUCUGAUGUGGCCAUGACAGGAGAAAUCACUUUGAGAGGCCUGGUGCUUCCGGUGGGUGGUAUCAAGGAUAAAGUCCUGGCAGCUCACCGUGCUGGUCUUAAGCGUGUCAUCCUUCCUAAACGUAAUGAAAAGGACCUAGAGGAGAUUCCAGCACACAUCCGGGCUGAACUCGACUUCAUCCCAGCUAGUACUUUAGACGAGGUCCUUAACGCCGCCUUUGAUGGCGGAUUCCCUGCUGCCCCUGUAGCACACCCACGGGUUAGCAGCAAGCUCUGAAACAGCAAAUAGCCUCACACACACACUUUCUCUCACUCUGUUUUGUCUCAUGCUCACACAACAUACAUACACACACAAACAAAACAACCCUGUGUGGUUCUUUAAAGCCGAAAGCACUAAUGGAGUUCUGAUGACAAUCUGAUGAAGUUUUGUUUUUAUUAAAACCUGUGUGACAUAGGUUUUAAUACAGUUUGUUAAAAUUUGUUACAAUUCCUAAAGUUGGUUAAAAUUAAAUUUGAACAGAAAAUUAAUGUUUAACAACUGACUGCUAUCAGAAAUACAAUUAUUUGAUACAAAGAAGUAUUUCAUAUUGUGAUCCUACUGUGAACACAGGACAUAGUGUCUAAUUAUCGCUCAUUUCACUCUGUUACUGUGGGAAUGUCUGUAUUAGUUGAUUAAGCUUAGAUUUACUUUAUUGUAUUAAAAUAAUAAUACUGCCGGCUCUUUACUAAUUUUAUUAUUAUCAAUGAUGUUAAAGUAUUUCUGUUAGUACUAAAAUGUCCUUUACAUUUAGUUUGAGGGUACUGAACUGGUCAUAAUUUUAAAUCUAGAGAAAUGUGAUGUCCAGUUGCUUGUUAUUAAAUUACUAGACUUUUGAAAUGUGUAAUAAAGCCGUAGAAACAAAAGAGUUUAUUUGUAAUAUUAAAAACUUACAAGAUGACUAUAUAUAUAUUUUUGGAAGUAUUUGCAAUUUCUCACAUGCAGUAAAUAAAAAUAAAGAGUUGGAUUGGUUGAA